AGAACGAAUAUAAGACCCGAGAGGGAGAGGGCGAAUAUGAAAUCCUAGAAGACAAAUAUAGGGCUCUAGAGGAAGCCUCAGAAGAAGAAUAUGGGAGCUCUGAAGAUGGCUCAGAAAAGGAAUAUGGGACUUUAGAAGAAGACUCAGAGGAAGACUCAGAAGACGAAUAUGGGAGCCCGGAGGAAGAUUCCAUCUUAAAAAAAGAGGGUUUCAUUGAGCAUCGAGGAACAAAAGAAUUUAGUCUAAAAUACCAAAAAGAAGUAGAUCGGUUUUUUUCAUUCUUCAAGAACUGCAUCUCUUGCCAAGAUCCUCAUCCCUAAAGGUACUUGAUAAUAGUAUUAUUGGAGUCGAUACACAACUCACAAAAAAUACAAGAAGUAGACUAGGUGGAUUGGUCCGAGUGAAGAGAAAAAAAAGCCAUACAGAACUCAAAAUCUUUUCUGGAGAUAUUCAUUUUCCUAAAGAGGCGGAUAAGAUAUUAGGUGGCAGUUUGAUACCACCAGAAAGAGAAAAAAAAAGAUUAUAAGGAAUCAAAAAAAAGGAAAAAUUGGGUUUAUGUUCAACGAAAAAAAAUUCUCAAAAGCAAGGAAAAGUAUUUUGUUUCGGUUCGACCUGCAGUCGCAUAUCAAAUGGACGAAGGGAGAAAUUUAGCAACACUUUUCCCACAGGAUCUCCUGCAAGAAGAGGAUAAUCUCCAACUUCGACUUGUCAAUUUUAUUUCUCAUGAAAAUAGCAAGUUAACUCAAAGAAUUUAUCACACGAAUAGUCAAUUCGUUCGAACUUGCUUAGUAGUGAAUUGGGAACAAGAAGAAAAAGAGGGGGCUCGUGCUUCUCUUGUUGAGGUAAGAACAAAUGAUCUGAUUCGUGAUUUCCUAAGAAUUGAGUUAGUUAAGUCUACUACUUCGUAUACACGAAGAAGGUAUGAUAGGACAAGUGUAGGACUUAUUCCCAAUAAUAGGUUAGAUCGCAACAAUACCAAUUCCUUUUAUUCCAAGGCGAAGAUUCAAUCACUUAGCCAACAUCAAGAAGCUAUUGGCACCUUGUUGAAUCGAAGUAAUCCAUCUUUGAUGAUUUUGUCGGCAUCCAACUGUUCUCGAAAUGGUUUAUCCAAGAAUUCAAAGUAUCCCAAUGCGGUAAAAGAAUCGAAUCCUAGAAUUCCUAUUCGAGAUAUUUUUGGGCUCUUAGGCGCUAUUGUACCUAGUAUAUCAAAUUUUUCUUCAUCUUACUAUUUAUUAACACAUAAUCAGAUCUUGUUAAAAAAAUACUUGUUCCUUGAAAAUUUGAAACAAACCUUCCAAGUACUUCAAGGACUUAAAUACUCUUUAAUAGACGAAAAUAAAAGGAUUUCUAAUUUCGACAGUAACAUCAUGUUAGAGCCAUUCCAUUUGAAUUGGCACUUUAUCCAUCAUGACUCGUGGGAAGAGACAUCGGCAAUAAUUUACCUUGGACAGUUUAUUUGUGAAAAUGUAUGUCUAUUUAAAUCGCACAUAAAAAAUCAGGUCAAAUUUUCAUUGUUAAUAUGGACUCCUUUGUUCUAAGAGCAGCUAAUCCUUAUUUGGCCACUAUAGGAGCAACUGUUCAUGGUCAUUAUGGAAAAAUCCUUUACAAAGGAGAUAGGUUAGUUAUGUUUAUAUAUGAAAAAUCGAGAUCUAGUGAUAUAACGCAAGGUCUUCCAAAAGUAGAACAAAUCUUCCAAGCGCGUUCAAUUGAUUCACUAUCGCCGAAUCUCGAAAGGAGAAUUCAGGAUUGGAACGAACGUAUACCAAGAAUUCUUGGGGUUCCCUGGGGAUUCUUGAUUGGAGCUGAGCUAACCAUAGCCCAAAGUCGUAUCUCUUUGGUUAAUAAGAUACAAAAGGUUUAUUGAUCCCAAGGGGUACAGAUCCAUAAUAGACAUAUAGAGAUUAUUAUACGCCAAGUAACAUCAAAAGUAACGGUUUCCGGAGAUGGAAUGUCUAGUGUUUUUUUACCUGGGGAAUUAAUAGGACUAUUGCGAGCGGAACGAGCAGGGCGGGCUUUAGAUGAAUCGAUUUAUUAUCGGGCAAUCUUAUUGGGAAUAACAAGGGCUUCCCUGAAUACCCAAAGUUUCAUAUCUGAAGCAAGUUUUCAAGAAACUGCUCGAGUUUUAGCAAAAGCUGCCCUACGAGGUCGUAUUGAUUGGUUGAAAGGCCUGAAAGAAAACGUAGUUCUGGGGGGAUUAUACCUGUUGGUACUGGAUUCCAAAAAUUUGUCCAUCGUUCCCCACAAGACAAGAACCUUUAUUUCGAAAUUCAAAAAAAAAUCUAUUCGCAUCGGAAAUGAGAGAUAUUUUGUUUCUCCAUACAGAAUUAGUUUCUUCUGAUUCUGACGUAACAAACAAUUUCUAUGAAACAUAAGAAGCCCCUUUUACCGCUAUUUAUACGAUUUAAGUAUACAUAAAGCAAUUUGUUUUUACUUUAAUUUAAACUAUACUUUUGACCUUAGAAUGCUAGCAGGUCCUAUUUUAGAUUUUGUUUUUUAAUAAGUAAAAGAAGUCAGUUAAUUCAUUAAGGCUAUGUUUAUACCGUGUAUAAAUGGGUAAUUCUGAGUAGAAGGUUCCAACAGAACAAUUAUUAUUUAUUUCAAGCUAUUUUGGCUCUUUCUUAAUCUUCAAAAAGAAAUUAAUUCCGUAAUGGUAAGACGAAAAAAAAGAAAAAAUAAAAAGGAAGUGUGGUAAAAAUGACAAGAAGAUAUUGGAACAUCAAUUUGAAAGAGAUGAUAGAAGCGGGAGUUCAUUUUGGUCAUGGUAUUAAGAAAUGGAAUCCUAAAAUGACCCCUUACAUCUCGGCAAAGCGUAAAGGUACUCAUAUUACAAAUCUCGCUAGAACAGCUCGUUUUUUUAUCAGAAGCUUGUGAUUUAGUUUUUGAUGCAGCAAGUCAGGGAAAAAGCUUCUUAAUUGUUGGUACCAAAAAAAGAGCAGCGGAUUUAGUAGCAUCAGCUGCAAUAAGAUCUCGUUGUCAUUAUGUUAAUAAAAAGUGGUUCAGUGGUAUGUUAACGAAUUGGUCGAUUACCAAAACUAGACUUUCUCAAUUUAGAGACUUAAGAGCAGAAGAAAAAA